CACAGCAGCAGCAGUAAAACGAAUCGAUCGCCCAAAGUCGCGAAUCGAACCCAGCCGAAGUCGAACCCUCCACCUUCUUCUUCGCCACCACCGCCGUUGAGCGCGCCCCCGCCCCACGCCUCCGCCUCCGCCUCCCCCGCCGGCGGGGACUGGCGCGGGGGAGGAGAUCCGUCUGGACCGGUUCCUUUCGCCGACUUGCAAUUCCCUCUUACUUAUAGUUUUCUGAAGAGAUGGCUAGAUCUCCGAGGAGCCGGAAUCUCCCAGCUCGUCGACAUAGAUUAUCUUCAUCUUCUUGUGAGUUACCUGCCUUCUGCUGGAAGACGAAAGGAACAGGUGAGCAAAAUGAUAUGGCAUUGGUCUCUGAGAAAAAGGAAUGGAAAGGAGCUACUUGCCCAGUUUGCCUGGAGCAUCCACAUGAUGCUGUCCUCCUCCUCUGUACUUCUCACCACAAGGGAUGCCGGCCAUAUAUGUGCGGUACCAACUACCAGCAUUCUAACUGCCUUGAGCACUUCAAAGAAGCUUACGCAAAGGAGAAGUUGGCCCACGGUGUAUUAACUGAGUCUUCACCAGGCCUUCCAUUAUCUUCAAAUGCUCAGCCAGCCAGCAAGCAACCAUGUGCAAUGGAACUUGCAUGCCCUCUUUGUCGUGGGGAUGUUAAAGGAUGGACUGUGGUUGAACCAGCUCGCCAGUAUCUCAACCGCAAGAAAAGAGCCUGUAUGCAUGAUGGCUGCUCAUACAUUGGUUCAUACAAAGAACUUUGCAAGCAUGUGAACUCCAAGCACCCUUCAGCUAAACCUCGUGAAGUUGAUCCUGCACAUGCAGAUGAGUGGAAAAAGUUUGAGUGUGAAAGAGAAAGGCAGGAUGCCAUUAGCACUGUCAGAGCUAUGACCCCAGGGGCUGUCAUUAUGGGAGAUUAUGUGGUUGAGUUCAAUGGUGGCAGCAACAACAAUUUACUUUCUGAUGGAGAUGAUUUGGAGGAGAGGCUCAACUUCUUCACAUCCUUAGAUCGCACUCUGAAUGAGAGACUUGACUUCUAUGAGUCAUCAGAUGGUAGUUUGGAUGAGAGCAUCGACUUCUUGGCAUCCUUGUUUGGCCAUGGCAGGAGAAUCGCUACUAGUGAUUCAUACAACAGGGCUUACAGAAGGUACAGGGAGAGGCCUAGGCGUAAUAUCACAGCGAGCUCAGUCGCUACCCCUGAUAUCCAGCAUGAUCCAGCUAACGCUCGAAGAGGACGUGUUGGUAGUAUUCGAGCCAUUGGGAGAACUUCACGACGACACCAUCCCAUGCUGAGUCAUGCAAGGUCAACACAUGGCAGCUAAGAAAUGAAACAGCUAUGGGAAACUGGGAACUGUUCAUUCUAUCCAUCUGCAAGGGAGGCAAAAUAACAUACUGGCAGUUGAUGCCUGGUUUUCAGAGGCUCACCAGGUUCUUCAGGUACCCUUUUCUUUACUGAGACAGACAGCAACAGAGGACACAGGUUGAAUGAAGAUCUCUGUUGGGCACUGCUCAUUCCUAUUUAGGGCAAAACCAGUGCUGCCUUUUCCGGCGCUGCCUUGCAUGGAUUUUGUGAAUGCCCUUUCAUGAGCUUUCUUUUCCCCACAUUGGAUCGUCGGAGACGGUUUUUUGUUUGGCAGCAAUUGCUGUUCCAAAGUUUAGACAUGAAUAUCAUGAAAACUUAAUGGGCAUACAUGCUUUUCAUGUGUUGUUUAUUUUGUAUCCAUGUGUUGUGGUGGACCCUGUGUUUGAUUAUCCUAGCGUCUUGUUUGUUAGUUAUUAUCCAUGAACAUAUCCUGUGUUCUCUCGUUAUCAUGCUGUAACCUGUUAAUGGUGUGAUUCGGCAGUAA